UCACCAUUUGUGUAGAUAACUAGCCAGUCUCAAUUAAUAAGGCAUUGCCCCCAUAUAUCCUGCUGAUGAAAAGAGUUGUGAAGUAUUUCUUAAAACACAGAGCAGAACAGUUCUUACACACAUGGCCAACACAUUCACAUAUAUUGAGAAGAAACUGUUCACCCCAGGUCCACUAGGAUGUAGCAAACCAGUGAAAGAAGCCAUGUUAUUUGAUCUUGGCUCUAGAGACACACAAUUUAUUAAUGUUAUCAAAGAGAUCAGGCAGUCUCUUCUGGAAAUUACAGGAGCAUCACCAGAUGAGUACACAGCCAUUCUCCUGCAGGGGAGUGGAACAUACAGUGUGGAGGCGGCACUGCAGAUGUGUGUUCCGAGACCGGGAGGAAGGUUACUAAUUGUGUCAAAUGGAGCAUAUGGAAAGCGAAUGAAGACCAUCUGUGACACUGCAGAGAUUCCUGCAGAUCUCCUUGACUUUCCAGAAGAUGGUGCUUUUGAUGUAAAGAAGGUGGAAAAAUUUAUCUCUGAAAGCCAGCAUGUUUACUCUGCAGUGUCAGCUGUCCACCUGGAGACAAGUUCUGGUGUAAUAAACCCAGCAGCUGAGUUGGGAAAAGUAUUAAUGCAGCUACAAAAGAGGCCUCUCUUUAUCUUGGAUGGUAUGAGUAGCAUAGGUGGUGUCUCAUUUACACUGGAUAAUCCUGCAUCACCUGAUGUUCUGGUUACAUCUGCUAACAAGUGUCUGCAGUCUGUGCCUGGCUGUGCCAUCAUCAUUGCAAGAAGAGCUGUAUUUGAGCAGUGCAAAGGAAAUUGUCGCAGCUUGAGCUUAGACUUGUGCUCACAGCUGGAUGGCUUGGAUACAUGUGGACAAUUUCGAUUUACACCCCCCACACAUUGUCUUCUUGCACUACACAGAGCUCUUGGAGAACUGAAAUCUGAAGGUGGAGUAUCUGCCCGAGUGAAAAGGUAUCGUGAGAACUGCCAAACUUUACAACAUGGAAUGGAGCUACUGGGAUUCCAGAAACUGGUUAAGUUGCCGAAGCAUGAAAGCCAUAUUAUAACUUCAUAUCUCUGCCCCAAGCAUCCCAACUUUGAUUUCAACACUUUCUACUCUCAUCUGAGCAAUAAAGGACAAGUCAUCUAUCCUGGAAAAGUGACAAAUGCAGACAGCUUUCGGAUUGGAAACAUAGGAGACCUUUACCAAAAGGACUUGCAGCAUCUGGUAUCUUGCAUUAAGGCUGUACUCACUGAUAUGGGGGUACCUCUGCCAGUGAGGUAUUAAUUCCAAAAGAUGGUACUGCUACCAUCUACCAUGUUGUUGUUGUCUUCGGCCUGAAGACUGGUUUGAUGCAGCUAUGCUACCAUGGUGGGGCAACAAAAGACCCCCAGAUGUCAAAUAAAUAAUUUUCUUCCGAACGAUAUACGUGAAUAAAAUGAAACAGUACUAGCGCAUGCAUACAAGUAUUAACUUUUGUAAAUCAAUAAAAGAAAUAAAUUUUCUUCAACAGAAACAAACAAUUUCCAGUGGUAUUAAAAGUUUUACUAUGUCUUUCAUCGGUUGAAAGCAGAGACAUAACAUGUAGGGAACAACAGUGAGGUUACAAAGCUUUUUUUACUAUAUGAACACACACAAGAUGGCUUAAUACUAAUUGAUAUUUUUGGCAGUAAAACUACAAGCAAUGAUUGUUAAAUGCAUUUGAAAGAGAAUGAACUAAGAAUAGCUCAGACUGACCUCCCCUAAGCAUUCCCUCUUUGCAUUUCUGCACAACAUAGUGGAUAUGAAUAAGUACUUAUGCUCUUUGUUAAGGCAGUAUUCAUGCUGUUUACACUGUGCCGUUAAUGUAUUUUCACCUUUCUAUUGAAAUGGAAGGCCAUAAUAAAAUUUCAAACUUAAUCUCAA